GUUUUCCAGCUCCAUUAAUGCUCCCCCCCCGCCCCUCCUUCACCAAAACUCUACUCUUACACGUUGGAGUAAACUUUGUAUUUUCCUUCAGGUUAUAAAAAGUGUCCAAAUCAAUUAGCAUUAUUAUUUAUUUUUUUAUGUGGAUGCGUCUCUCAGGCUUGCAACCUCGCGCGUUUUCUGCGCGCACACUGUUCUGGUCGCUCCAACUUUCCACAGGUCUCCCCUCUCGCCCAGCCUCGCAGUGAGAAUAAUUGACAGCAGCGGAUUGACUGGUCGCCGCUGCUGCUGCCAGCCAGUCCUCUCGGAUGCGCCGUUGUGUGUGUGCAGCCAGGCAGGCACCCGGAUGUGUGGCGAAAAUGUUCGGCGCUCCUCUCAGGGUCUGCGCUCGGAAAAUCUUCUUUUAUAGUUCAGGUUAGCGCCUCCGCUCCGGGUUCGCUUCGUCGUCUUCAGGGGGGUUCCUUCCAACGAUGAGUUGGAUUUGAAACGGAUUUUUUCGAUGUGGAUUCGAGGAUGCAAGAGGCGGAUGAACAGUCUGAAGGGGCACAAUAUGCCAGCAACAGAAAGACCACUCCUUCCAGUGACACUCCCGCGCUCUGGUCUGACAGCCGCACCAGCCUCCACCAGCUCCCUUCUCCAGAGCCCGUUCAGGCUCCGGCCAGCACUGGCAAGCCUAUCGGCUCCUCUUGUGGGCUCCUUGGGGCGAGUAGUAGUAGUCAGGGCCCAGGUGGCUCUGGUUCUGGUGUCAGCCCAGUGCUUGCGUGGCAUGCCGCCAUUACUGCUGCUCGACAAGCGCAAGAUGACGUCGAAACGCCUGAAAAGGAUUCGCGUCCCCCUUCUGGACCGGCUCCUGUUGGCUCACUCGCACAGAGGAAGAGACAGCAAUAUGCCAAAAGCAAAAAGCAAGGAGGAUCCACCAACAGCCGGCCACCCAGAGCGCUGUUCUGCCUCACCCUCAAUAACCCGAUCCGAAGGGCCUGCAUCAGCCUGGUGGAAUGGAAACCAUUUGAUAUAUUUAUACUUCUGUCUAUUUUCGCCAACUGCGUGGCCUUAGCCAUCUACAUUCCCUUUCCUGGAGAUGACUCCAACUCUACAAACCAAGAACUGGAAACAGUAGAAUAUGCCUUCCUGAUCAUUUUUACAAUAGAGACAUUUCUGAAGAUUAUUGCCUAUGGCUUGGUCAUGCACCAAAACUCCUACGUCAGAAACGGAUGGAACAUGUUGGACUUUGUCAUCGUCAUUGUGGGGUUGUUCAGUGUUGUCCUGGAAAUGAUAACCAAAGACGCUGACUCUGGUGGGCAGACUGGAGGCAAACCAGGGGGCUUUGACGUGAAGGCCCUCAGAGCCUUUCGCGUGCUUCGACCUCUUCGCCUUGUUUCUGGAGUUCCCAGUUUACAGGUGGUUUUAAACUCCAUAAUCAAAGCCAUGGUUCCCCUCCUUCAUAUUGCUCUGCUGGUCCUCUUUGUAAUCAUCAUCUACGCCAUCAUCGGCCUGGAGCUCUUCAUUGGAAAGAUGCACGCCACAUGCUUCGUCAUAAAAUCAGGAGCCCUGGCAGAAGAGGAGCCCGCGCCGUGCGCUGUCUCAGGGCACGGCCGCCGCUGCCUGGCCAAUGGCACCAUUUGCAGAGAGGGCUGGCAAGGCCCCAACAACGGCAUCACCAACUUUGACAACUUUCUGUUUGCCAUGCUCACCGUUUUCCAGUGUAUCACCAUGGAAGGCUGGACCGACGUUCUCUACUGGAUGAAUGAUGCGAUGGGCUUUGAGCUGCCGUGGGUCUACUUUGUCAGUCUGGUCAUCUUUGGAUCCUUCUUUGUUCUGAACCUGGUCUUGGGAGUGUUGAGUGGAGAGUUUUCCAAAGAGCGUGAAAAGGCCAAAGCUCGCGGCGACUUCCAGAAGCUGCGCGAGAAGCAGCAGCUGGAGGAGGACCUUAAGGGCUACCUGGACUGGAUUACGCAAGCCGAGGACAUAGACCCCGAGAACGAGGAGGAGGGGGACGAGGAGGGAGAGCGCAAUCGGGUCACGCUGGCUGACCUCACUGAGAAGAAGAAAGGAAAGUUUGGCUGGUUCUCUCAGUCCACAGAGACACAGGCCAGCAUGCCCACGAGUGAGACAGAGUCGGCGACCACAGACAACCAUAAUGGAGAAGAGGACAAAUCUCUGUGCUGUGGACCGUUAUGUCGGCAGUGGCGACGGUGGAACCUUAGGAAGUGCCGGGCGGCCGUGAAAUCCGUGACGUUUUAUUGGCUCGUCAUCAUCCUGGUGUUCCUCAACACUCUCACCAUUUCCUCAGAGCACUACAACCAGCCCGAAUGGCUAACAGAAGUGCAAGAUGUAGCCAAUAAGGUUCUUCUGGCUUUGUUCACUCUGGAGAUGCUCGUGAAGAUGUACAGCUUGGGGCUCCAGGCCUACUUUGUGUCGCUGUUCAACCGCUUUGACUGUUUUGUGGUGUGUGGAGGAAUCGUGGAGACCAUACUGGUGGAGCUGGCCAUCAUGUCUCCGCUGGGGAUCUCGGUUUUGCGCUGCGUGCGCCUCCUUAGGAUCUUCAAAGUUACGCGUCACUGGGCGUCUCUUAGUAACCUGGUGGCCUCCCUGCUCAACUCCAUGAAGUCCAUCGCCUCCUUGCUGCUGUUGCUCUUCCUCUUCAUCAUUAUUUUCUCCCUGCUGGGCAUGCAACUCUUCGGAGGCAAAUUCAACUUUGAUGAGACGGUGACCAAAAGAAGCACAUUUGAUAAUUUCCCCCAGGCCCUCCUCACCGUCUUUCAGAUCCUGACAGGCGAGGACUGGAACACCGUGAUGUAUGACGGCAUCAUGGCGUACGGUGGUCCGGCGUCCUCUGGCAUGGUGGUCUGCAUUUACUUCAUCAUCCUCUUCAUCUGUGGAAACUACAUCCUGCUGAAUGUGUUCUUGGCCAUCGCUGUUGAUAACCUGGCUGAUGCAGAGAGCCUCAACACUGCACAGAAAGAGGAGGAGGAGGCCAAAAAGAGAAAGAAUAGUGUUAAGGACUCAAACACCGAGAAGAAGAGGAUUGAGAUAACUGAAGACGGGAAAACAACGAUGCCAACAGAGGCCUUGCUAGAGGGGGACAAAGAAUCGUUUACUACCGUCGACUCACCAGGUGAUGAUGAAGAUGAUGAUAAUAAUAGGAACCUCCCUGAAGCCCCGCCGGGCCCCCGGCCCCAGCGACUCUCUGAACUCACCAUGAAGGAGAAGAUCCCACCCAUCCCGGAGGGCAGUGCGUUUUUCAUCUUCAGCAGCAUCAACCCGUUUCGUGUGCUCUGCCAUAAGCUCAUCAACCAUCAGAUCUUCACCAACCUGAUCCUGGUCUUCAUCAUGCUCAGCUCCGUUUCCCUGGCGGCCGAGGACCCCAUCCGCAACUUCUCCGCUCGCAACAUUAUACUUGGUUAUUUUGACUAUGCUUUCACCGCAAUCUUUACUGUUGAGAUCCUGUUGAAGAUCCUAGGCUAUGCAGACUAUGUCUUCACUAGUAUGUUUACAUUUGAGAUCCUUAUUAAGAUGACGGCAUUUGGAGCGUUCCUGCAUAAAGGGGCAUUCUGCAGGAACUAUUUCAACCUAUUAGACCUGCUGGUCGUCGGCGUGUCUCUUGUCUCCUUUGGUAUUCAGUCCUCCGCUAUCUCAGUGGUGAAGAUCCUCCGUGUUUUGCGGGUCCUCCGUCCGCUCAGGGCCAUCAACAGAGCCAAAGGACUGAAACACGUGGUGCAGUGUGUAUUUGUGGCCAUCAGAACCAUCGGCAACAUCAUGAUCGUCACCACCCUCCUGCAGUUCAUGUUUGCUUGCAUCGGAGUGCAGCUCUUCAAGGGUAAAUUCUACCGGUGCACAGAUGAUGCAAAGUCCAGCCCAGAUGAGUGCAAGGGGACAUACAUUCUUUACAACAAUGGGGACACGGCUCUGCCCAUGGUGAAGGAGAGGAUCUGGUACAACAGUGACUUCAACUUUGACAACGUCCUCAUGGCCAUGAUGGCCCUGUUCACCGUCUCCACCUUUGAGGGUUGGCCCACUCUGCUGUACAAGGCCAUCGACUCUAACAGGGAGAACAUGGGCCCCAUCUACAACUACCGCAUCGAGAUCUCCAUCUUCUUCAUCAUCUACAUCAUCAUCAUCGCCUUCUUCAUGAUGAACAUCUUCGUUGGUUUCGUCAUUGUUACCUUCCAGGAGCAGGGAGAGAAGGAGUACAAGAACUGCGAGCUGGACAAGAACCAGCGCCAGUGUGUGGAGUACGCACUGAAAGCUCGUCCUCUGCGCCGCUACAUUCCCAAAAAUCCCUACCAGUACAAGUUCUGGUAUGUGGUCAACUCCACUGGCUUUGAGUACGUCAUGUUUGUCCUGAUCAUUCUCAACACGCUGUGUCUGGCUAUUCAGCACCAUGGCCAGUCUCAUCUGUUUAACUACGCCAUGGACAUCCUCAACAUGGUCUUCACAGGAGUCUUCACAGUGGAGAUGAUCCUAAAGCUCAUUGCCUUCAAACCCAGAGGCUAUGUUGGGGACGCCUGGAAUGUCUUCGAUGCUCUAGUGGUGAUCGGCAGUGUAGUCGACAUCAUACUCAGCCAGAACUAUUUUGCUGAUGCAUGGAACACGUUUGAUGCCUUAAUUGUUGUGGGUAGCGUGGUUGACAUUGCCAUCACUGAGAUCAAUUCGGCAGCCAUUCCUGUUGUCAAGGUGAUAGAGGAUCCAGGGAACACAGAGGACAGCGCUCGCAUCUCCAUCACCUUCUUCCGCCUGUUCAGGGUGAUGCGACUGGUCAAACUCCUGAGCAGAGGGGAAGGAAUCAGGACUCUGCUGUGGACCUUCAUCAAGUCUUUCCAGGCUCUUCCAUAUGUUGCCCUCCUGAUAGCGAUGCUGUUCUUCAUCUAUGCUGUCAUCGGGAUGCAGGUGUUUGGAAAAAUAGCAAUGGUGGACGGAACCCAAAUAAACCGCAACAACAACUUCCAAACCUUCCCCCAAGCCGUCCUGAUGCUGUUCAGAUGUGCUACAGGGGAGGCGUGGCAGGAGAUCAUGCUGGCCUGUCUGCCGGGGAAGCUGUGCGACUCAGAGUCCGACUACAACCCGGGAGAGGAGAAAACCUGCGGCAGCAACUUUGCUAUAAUCUACUUUAUCAGUUUCUACAUGCUCUGCGCCUUCCUGAUUAUCAACCUCUUUGUUGCGGUCAUUAUGGAUAACUUUGAUUAUCUGACUCGUGAUUGGUCCAUUCUUGGCCCUCACCAUCUGGAUGAAUUUAAAAGGAUAUGGUCUGAAUAUGAUCCUGGAGCCAAGGGUAGGAUUAAACAUCUUGAUGUGGUCACCCUGUUGAGGAGGAUCCAGCCUCCGUUGGGCUUUGGCAAGCUCUGUCCUCACAGAGUUGCCUGUAAGCGACUGGUGGCAAUGAACAUGCCGCUCAACAGUGACGGGACCGUCAUGUUUAACGCCACCUUGUUUGCUUUAGUCCGCACCGCCCUUAAGAUCAAGACUGAGGGUAACUUGGAGCAAGCCAACGAGGAGCUGAGAGCUGUAAUCAAGAAGAUCUGGAAGAGGACCAGCAUGAAGCUGCUGGAUCAAGUAGUGCCUCCUGCAGGCGAUGACGAGGUAACAGUGGGGAAGUUCUAUGCCACCUUCCUGAUACAGGACUACUUCAGAAAAUUCAAGAGGCGCAAAGAGCAAGGUCUGGUGGGAAGGAGGCCUUGGGAGAACACCACUCUGGCCCUGCAGGCCGGCUUGCGCACCCUUCACGACAUUGGACCAGAAAUUCGCCGAGUCAUAUCCUGUGACCUACAGGAGGAGGGGCUUGUAGAUGGAACGGCAGAGGAAGAAGAAGAGAUUUAUCGGCGCAACGGCGGCCUUUUUGGGAAUCACGUUAACCACGUUGGCAUGGAUCAUCCCCAGCCCACUACCGUCACGCAGCGCCCCCUACAGAUCCUGCCCAUCUACUGCACUCCCUCUUCCGCGCCCACUCAGAUUUGCAGGAGAGCCAGCAGCAGCGACAAGGAAGGAGAAACGGAGAUGAACUCCUCCUCACCCAUCCACUACAACCAUCAUCAUUCCCCUCAUCUGUACGAUUACCCUCACUGUAACUCCUCCUCCCCUCAGUCCCCAAUACCCUCCAACGCCAACCUCAACAACGCCAACGUGCCCUCGCUUCUCUCGAUGUCCUCUGGGAGGCAGCAGAAGUGUUUAUUGCAGAGAUGUCGCCCGUCUUCAGCAAGAAAUAAGUCAUCAACAUCUUACAGCAGGGGAUUGCACAACAAGCAGUGGAAGUCCCACUCCACAAGGACGCGCUACUAUGAGGCCUAUAUUAGGUCAAAAAAUGGCGGAGCGCUUCACCCGACCAUUCGCCGAGAGGAGCCAGGUGGCAGGGACAGCGAUGACGAACUGGUGUCUGGGGAAUACUUCAGUGGGGAGGAAUUUCACGAAGACGACAUCAUGCUUACCAAGGACAGGUUAUCCAAGUCGGACUUCCAUGACGCUGCAGACGGAGAUUUGGACCAUUUCAGGGACGACUGUGAGUCUGAAGGUUACUGUGACGACGACAAGCAGCCUAUAUGCCAGGAUGACCGGCGGUCGCCCAGGAGAUGGUUUUUACCAUCCCCCCAAGCCUGCAACACACCAACAUUCAGUUUUGAGUGUCUUCGCAGAAGAAGUAGCAUAGAUGAAGCUCCUCCAUCUCCAUCAUGCACAGCUCUCCCACUGCACCUGAUGCAGCAGCAGGUGAUGGCAGUAGCCGGUCUAGACGCCACCAGGAUCGCACGUCUGUCUCCCACCAGGUCACUACGCUCGUGGGCCACGCCUCCCGCCUCCCCCAUCAGCCGUGACUGCGGCCCCUGCUACACCCCACUCAUACAGGUGGACUGGCGCAGCACUGGCAGUGUGGGCAGCAUCCCUGGGGCCGUGAAAAGGAGUUCUUGGUACACCGACUGCCAGGAUGGCCCGCCCAGCUGUAGCCACUCACCGUCACGGCUGCAGCUCCCCGCAGAAAGCUGCUCACACUUCCUGCAAAACAGAGGCAGCGCUAGCAGUCUGGUGGAGGCUGUCCUGAUCUCUGAAGGUCUCGGGAAAUACGCCAGGGACCCCAAGUUUGUGACAGCGGCCAAGCACGAGAUCGCAGACGCCUGCGAGAUGACCAUCGACGAGAUGGAGAGCGCCGCCAGCAAUCUGCUGAACGGCAGCAUGAGUAGCAAUGACGUGGCGGAGGCAGGCGUCAUCUCAGACUUCGCGACUUGCGCCGCGCACCAGAGGGACUACAGCGACGAGGAGCAGUACGUGACUGUGAAGUGUGAGGAGGACCUAACGGACGAGAUGAUAUGCAUCACUUCUCUAUAGCAGCGACUCACAGCAGACUCUGUCUAGUUUUAUUUAACGUAUAGUAACGUCUCAGCAGGCCCUGCGGAGAUCAGAAAAUUAGAAACGGGGAUAAACGUGAGAGCAAAGUGCCUUGUUUUCUUUUUCUGCUUAGUAGAUUCCAGCUAAAGCAGACACAUGGUUAUAGAGAAACAAAAACAAAAUAAAAAAAAAACCUGCUGUAAUUGAAAUCAGGAGACAUGAAUCUACAUGCCAGCUUCCAGGAAGGCAGGCCAGUCAUUAAAACUUGUUUUCUAUUUUUCUAAUUAACAACAGUUGGAUAAAACUUCAAAACUCUUGGUUUUAGAUUCUGAGGAUGAUAUAACUCGGCUUUAGUGAGGAUUACACAAGGCAAUAAAUCACAUUUACUACAUGAAGAGCCAACACAACAAAAGCAAAUGUGCCACCACCCACCACCUGCACACUCAAGCAGGAAAAUUAAAUAAACUUCUAUUCUGUUGUUGUGUAAAUAGUUUUAAACAGCUAAGCAUUUCUAAAUCUUUCUGCCUGGUUCACAGUUUAGAUGUCAAAAACUGAUUGGGCCUUUGGUUUUCCAAGGAUUCCUGCAAUUAGUUGCGUUUUAUGUGUAUAAAAUGUGUGAUUUUACCCCUUAUUGGUCAGGGUUGAUGAAAACAUAUAUUUUUGUUUGCUUAUCUGACUUAGAUGGAAACAAAGCAGGAGUAUCUGAGACGGUGCCUUGUAAAAGCAGCCACUCCUCUUUCACCUUUUCCACAUUUGGUCACAUUAGAACCACAUACUUCAGUGUAGUUUACUGCGAUUUCAUUUGAUAGACCAGCAAAACCAUGCAUAUUUGGGAACAGGAGGGAAUAAAAUAAAAAUGUUUUCAUCAUUUACAUAUGCAUUCGAUUUCCACCCCUUUUACAUUGACACCCUAAAUAAAAUCAAGUAAAACAGGCUGCCUCUGGAAGUCAGUCAAUGGGUUGACCAAUUGUGGAAAAAAUGUAUUUGUCAAGCACUGUUAGGUGAAAAUCAGUCAGGUUUAUUUAUAUCUUGCGCAAAAUGACAUCUUCUAAGUCAAUCGCUAAUGAACAGGUCAGAGUCGAGGCUCUGCAAAAAGGCAGUAGAAACCGCAGGAUGGGAAAAGAAUCGUGAGGAGGAUAUGAAUGUGAAACCGUCUCGAUCUUUGUGCAACUGAAAGUCAUUACUCUGUGGAAAAAACGUCAGCGUGUUGGCACAAAUUUCCCUCUGACAGAGACAUUAAAUGAUAAUGUGACAUGGACAUCAAAUUAAUGAUGCCAUAAAAAUACAGUUAAACCCACUAAAUAAGUAAUGACUUAGAUCAAAACAUAUUUAUGUGCUACAAUGACGUAAAUAUCCAUGUUCAGAGUUUCUCUAUCCAGUUUUACUGAGCUUGAGGUGUCUUGCAGGUAAAGACAAAAGGUGUAUUUCA